AUUUGCAUGCUUGGGCCUUGAGUUUUGCUGAAUAGUCGUCGAUUUCGCAGUCGUCGUUGCAGCCACGAAUUUUACAGAAGCAUAAGAAUAUUUUCGGUGCAAGGCUGGGUAUUAAGAAUACUAAAGGUUAUAAAACGUUGAGAUAAGUAUAAUUUACAUCGACAUAUUAUGAAUGCGGAGAAAUUAAAACGACUGCAGUCCCAAGUCCGCAUAGGGGGUAAGGGCACUGCACGUCGUAAAAAGAAGGUUAUGCACCAAACAGCCACCACGGAUGAUAAAAAGUUGCAGAGUUCGCUAAAGAAGUUAUCAGUUAGUACCAUACCGGGAAUUGAAGAAGUGAAUAUAAUCAAAGACGAUCUAACUGUCAUACAUUUUAAUAAUCCAAAAGCGCAAGCAUCUCUCUCGGCAAAUACUUUUGCAGUCACCGGACAUGGAGAGACAAAGAAAAUUGUGGAAAUGUUGCCUGAGAUAUUGCCACAGUUGGGCCAAGAGACGGUAGUUCAGCUGCGCAUGUUCGCUAAUUCAAUGACAGGUACAAAGAAGGCGGGCAGCGCUGCUGGCGACGCUGGUGAUGCGGCUGCGAGUGCAAAUAUGCUUUAUAGUGUUGUAGAAGAAGACGAUGUGCCGAUGUUGGUGAGCGAUUUCGACGAGGUGGCCAAAAUGGAGGCUGAGAAAGUGGGAGCACCAGCAAAAACAACAAUUAAUAACGAACAACCGGCAAGUGAAUUUGAACCAAACAAAGAGGCAACGGUUGCAGUGUUGCCAAUAAUAACAUCGAAAGAGAUAAGUAACGCGGAAACGAAUGAAGAAAAGAAAAUCAAUGAAAUACAACCGUUAGAUAAUUCAAAUUUGAAUAUUAGGUUAACAGAGGAUUCUAAACAGCAAGUCAUCAAUGAAAAGGACACUAAAUACCAGGAAAAGAAUGUUACGAAGGAAAAUCUAAAUAAAACUGUAAAGUCGAACGAUAAGUCUACAAAAGACAUUGGUAAAGCUAGUGAAGUGCAAAAGAAGCAAGAAAAAAAUUCACAAAAACAGGAGGCAUCAAAACAAAAGACAAAAUUUGAAGGCAAAAAUCAGAAAGAUUCCAAAGAAAAUAUAAAGCCUGAUGAUACCGCUAUAGAAAAACCUAAAAAAGAAGAAAAGAAAGCCGAUGAAUCUAAAAAAGCUGAGGGUGAAUCAACAAAGCCUUCAGAGAUAACGGAAAGCUCUGAAAUUGUAAAAGAAAAUAUAGACAACCAAAAGCAAACUGAAAACCAGCAGAAGCAGCCGCAAUCGCAAAAGCAAAUGAAAUCAGAAUCUAGUCAAGAUAAGCAACAGAAGAAGGAAAAGCAGCUGGGGGAAGUUACAGACAAGCAACAAAAGAAACAAAAUCAGCCGGAUCAACAGAAGAAAGGUAAGCAGGACCAAAAGCAGAAUCCAACGGAUCCUAAAGAAAACAAAGGCAAACAGCAAAAGGUCGAAAAAACUGAAGACAACUCUCAACAGACGAAAACAAUUGCUGAUCCUGAAGAGCAAGAUAAGCAACAGGAAAAGAUACCAAUUAAAGGAGAUCAGCAGCAAGAAAAACAGAAAGAACAAAAACAGGCACAAACACUUAAAUCAACUCAGCAACAGCAACAACCAAAAGGCGAGCCACUAAAUAAACAAAAGAAUAAGCAAGGGCCGCAAAAAUCACAGAAUCAGAAUAAUCAGAAAAAACCAGAGCUCGUGCCGCAGCUAAAAAGAGCGGAGCCACUCCAACAAGCUGCUAAACAAGAAGAAAAACAACUAGAUCUUCAAGUGAAGGCACCUGAAGAAAAGUCCGCUACAAAAAUUAUCGAAAACAAAAAAACUGGAACUGAAAACCAAACAGAUGAUUCCAAAGAAAGCUUCAAACAAAAAACAUCAAAAGAGAUGCUCAGUGCACAACCAGAAACUUUAGCGGCAGCAGAUAUGCAAAAGCAGAAAAUGAAGACACCACCCAAAGAAGAUAAGUCAGAACCAAUAAUAGCGGAAAGUGAUGUGCCCAAAUUCGAAGAUCAGCCCGUUGAAGGCAAAGAUAUAAAAAAUUACAUACCUUCUACAGAUAUUGGAUCACCUUCUAAGUCCGUCAUGCCUGUAGCUGAUGUCUCAAUUAAAACCGUUGCCUUACGAUCAUUAGAAUCUACCGAAAAGAUGUUGCAGAUGGUAAAUGAAAUGACUAAAACUCUUCCACUAGAUGAUAUAAAAAUAAAGAAAAAUGAAGCUGAGAAAGAAGGAACCACAGCUGAACUCCCAGUUGAAAAACUAAAAGAAAUUGUAACGAUACCAGCAAAUUUAAAUAUAGUUGACGCGAAUACAGAUGCCCCUGUCGUCGAACCUAAGUUAAAUACAAAUCUGAAAACAGAAGAUCAAAAUCAAACUUCUAAAAUUAUUGAAAUUGAUAAAGAUAACAAAAUUGCAGAUUCACCAAACCAAGGUCAGACCACGUUAAAUAUUGCCAUCGGUGAAGAUAAAGACGCAAGUGAACCAAAAGAAAUUAUCUCCGGAAUUGUAUCGAACGCGAACGCAAUUCAGCAAGAACCCAGUGAAAAUAUAGAGAAAACAAAUGUUGCGGAACAAAAACCUGUGGUGAAUCCAUUAAAUCAAACCACACAGUCUUCAGUUGCACCCAUUAACGUGCAAUCAGGCGAAAAAUUGCAUAAACAGCCCACAUUGGCUGAAAUAGUGCAGACUCAGCCACCACAAGUGAUUUCUGCCACUGUGCCAAAUCCUGCCAUAUAUACACAAACUACUGACAACACGCCAAAGAAAGAUAUAUCCGUCGCAACGGAACUACCUACUAAGCAGCCAUCUAUGGCUGAAGUACCUCAGUCACAGUCUCCACAAACGUCAUCAAUAGUGGCUACUACGCUUCCCAAUAUACCGGUAGUUGGUGAAAUAAAAGAUAAACCGAUAAUAGAAAUAUUAGUUAAAGAAGAUCUAACGGAUAAUCAAUUGCCUCCAACUACUCUUACAGCCGCAGAAACUUCCAAAGCAAUAGACGAUUCGAAAACGGUAGAGGUGGAAACGGAUGCACAGCAAUUACCAACGCUAACGGAGGAUAAAACAGGUGUGCCGUCUAACGAAAAAACCUUGCCAGCAAGUCCCAAACAAAAGGUAUCACCACCAAAACAGACUGCAAAUACCAAAGCCACUCAAGAAACCUCGAAACAACAAACGAAGCCAUUAUCAGCCGGUGAAGCGGUUAAGCAGCCAAGUGACACUAAGCUGAAGUUGGUAACAAAGCCACAGCCAGGACAACAGCAGCAACAACAACAAAAGGCAAAAGCAAAGCCCACGAGCAAUAAUAAAUCCGCACCAACGACCCCAACUACUCCUACUAAGAUAUCACCCGAAAAAUCAACAUCUUCACCAAAGUCGACAACUCCAAACCCCAAACCGGUCCCCGACUCGUCAACAAAAAAAGCAAACUCUCCGCAAAAACAACAGCAAAUAGAUGUAGCAGCAAAAUCUAAGCCAGCACAGGGCGCUGGUGGAAAAGUCCGGCCUGGCAGUAGUAAUGCCGCGUCGGCGCCAGUUGGUGUUAAAAAGGCAAACACACCACCAGCAGCAAACAAAAUAAGCCCCAGCACCGGUGGAAAGCAGCAGGAUGUCACGGUAAAAGCUACGUCUGCUAUCGCAUCAGUUGUAACGGAUCAGUCAAAUGCAAACGCGACACCACCAAUUUCAACACCAACCACUGAAAACACCGUUAAGCAACCAGCCGCAUCGAAAUAACUGAAAAUAAUGAAAAUUUUUGAUUGAAUUGCAAUAAUUUGCUUCGCUCUUGCUAUUUCUCUGCUUUUCAUGCAAACUUAUACGCAUUACUAUUACUUAAUUACUAUUGCAUUUGCAUUUUGUUACUUUACAUUUCAUUAUUAAAUUCUCAUUCAGGUCGCCGCACCAACAGUUCAUUUUAAAUAUUUAUUUCAGCAUAUUUUUACUAAUUCACUUUCAUUGAUGCUGCUACAUCAUACACAAAUAUACAUAUAUACAUGUAUAAAUAUGUUGGCGGCAUCACAAUUUUUAUUAAUUACUAACCAUGUUUUAAAGUCAGCGUUUGAAAAAAAAAAUUUGAAAACGUUUCAGUUGAUAUGCAAGGUUAAAAGCAAUUUAAAUUGCGAUUAUAAAUGGUUUAGUGCAAUCCAAUUGGCUAUUCUUUAAUCAUGUUCGCGAUUAUACUAUGCUUUGUAAGCAUUUAUGAUAAAUAAAAGGAAUACCACGAAAUUUUUAAUUGAGAAAUAAAAUGUAUCACUGAAACUA